AUGGAUGUUGAUGAAGAAGAGGCACUUGAGUCAACUUGUGGAGCUGACUGGUUUAAUCACCUGCCAGCCAAUGCCGGACCUGAUCAUCAUGACAUCUCUUCGCAAGCCGUUUGGACGUUGAGCUCUUGUAAAGCAGGCUUUGGUAUUCACGAACUUUUGUCGGAUAGCCACGAGUCAUAUUGGCAAUCAGAUGGUCCUCAACCACAUUCGGUUACCAUCGAAUUUCCACGAAAGACGGAUAUUUCCUUUUUGUUUCUGUACUUAGAUUUUAAGACCGAUGAAAGUUACACGCCCAACAAGGUGACCGUUCACUUGGGAUCGUGCAUCAUGCAUUUGGAUGAUGGACUUUCGGUGAACUUUGACGAGCCUCAAGGAUGGCAGGUGAUCGAUCUACGAAGCCGUGGAAAAGGCAAAGCCGCACGAGCUUGGGUGGUGCAGCUACAAGUGCUCACAAAUCAUCAGAAUGGCCGCGAUACACAUAUUCGACACAUGCGAGUGGUUGGACCGAAAAGCCGUUAUGCUCACCAAGUCGAGGAUUCUUUUAUGGCACAGCUCAGGUUGAGUGGACCAACGAGUUCCGGUCGCAACACGAAAAACGAGCGGAAACAAAGCGAAACACCCGCGUUCUUGAUUUUGAUGAGCAUUGAUGAAAUUUCGGAGUCCGUGCCAGAUCUUCUGGAAUCGCUCACCAGUGGGCAAAAGAAACUCGUCGAUUUCAUCGAGGAAUUGAGACCUUUUGUCACUUCGAAAGAUGAUUUGAAAAGAGAGGCCGGCAUUAAUACAAUUCGACACUUGUCCUGUAAUACGGAGAACUUCUCAAAAGAGGCGGCUUUUCUAUUAAUGCAAGAUGUUUUUCUUCAAGGAAACAUUCAGUCAUGGCCUCAACGAACACGAGCAGAUUUCUAUGCUAUUUUCGAGAUGAUAGUCACAAAAUUCGAGAAAGAGCUGAAAAUGUUGGGCUCAGAUGUGACCUCGGCAUUUAUCAACAUGAUGGGUGGUGAAAGAGAUCCUCGUUGUUUGGUUCAAGCCUUUCGUCUUCAUCUCCGCAUUUCUAGUAGAUUCCCUCUGGGUGAUUUGGCUGAAGACCUUUUUGAAGUAAUCGCUUGCUAUUAUCCGAUUGAAUUCAAACCAUUGCCAGGACAAGAAGAUGUGACAUCAGACAUGUUAACUAUUAUGGUGGAAAACUCCUUUUUGGCUCACUCGGCGUUUGGCCCAUAUUUAUAUGUGAUGAUAGAGGAAAAGCUUCGUGAUGAAGAAACGACACAAGAGCAAAAAUUCAACGUUUGUUCACUUUUGGCCAAAGCGUGCAAGACUUUCCCGCCGACUUUACUGCUCCCUCAUAUUGAACACAUUUUUGGUGCGAUUCGAAUGGUGGCGUUAAAUCCGAAGUAUAAGGGAACCUUGAAACUUGACGGGAAUUUGACUGAAGCCCUAGUUUCUGUUUUUAUGGCUCUACAAGCAACCGAACGAGACGAUUUAAAAGCAACGAUCAAGGAAUUCAUGCAAAAUUGUGAGCCAUUCGUUGUGCAGGUGGAAAUGGGACUCCAAUCGAAGGCCUUGGCUUUGUUAGAGGCUUUAACCGAUGAAAGACUAAAUCAACACUCGUCCGACGAACGAGUUGGAAAAAUGGUUUUGGAAUACAUCAUUAGUUGGCUUGUGCUUGUUGUGCGAGGACAAACAAUUAACGUGGCCGAGAAUAAAGCUGAAUGUAUCAAGGAAGCAUUGGAAAGACUAUCUUAUUUUGUGGCAUUUGCGGCUAACAAUGGAUAUGAGGCUCUUUUAUACGACUUGUUUCUCCCGAUUUUGGAUGCUGUUCAAUGUUCGCGGGAAUGGGUACCAAUUGAGGCAAAAAUAUGCAACUACAAGUGUUUGCAGGAAUAUGCUCGUUUUAUCAAUCAGAAUCCUUCAAUAUUUUCCGUGUUUUCGGACGAACUGAAGGCUGGAAUAAAAUUGGUUGACACGGAGCAAGAAAGAAAAGAAUAUCUGUCAUUUGUUACAUGCUUUGCAAAGAAUGUGAGGGAAUGGAAUGCGGUUUGGACAAUCAUUCAAAGUUGUUCCGAUUUAAACAUUUCAAAGUAUUUUGCCACGAUUUGCGCGGCAACAAUUGAUGAGGAUAGCUACAAGACGAUAAGAAAGAUCAUACAAGAUUCCCUAAACACAGAUGAUUUCUCUGCCCAAAUUCAAGAAAUAUUGAAAAUGGUCACGCGAUUAAAUGAGGGGAUUAUUGUUUCAAUUAUCGAACAAUUAAUCGAAUUUGCUACAAAAGAGACCCACUGGGAAACGCUACCGGAUUUGGUCGAACUUUUUGCCACAUCGUUGCAAGAGAUUGGAACAUAUUUAGACGAGUCGCACGCAGCCAUAACUAUGAAAGUAUCUGAAAUGUCGGCGAUGAAGCCAAUUUAUCAAAAGAUUUUCUACUUAUUUGUGGCUCAAACACAGGAAGUGAAUCACUUGCGUAAAUUGAUGAUGAACGAACAAUUUGAAUUGGAUGCACGUCUUUUGUUUUUCUAUUCUCUAAUCAACAGAACUCAAGCCACGUCAACAGAGAUUCCUGUCAAUUUAUCGCCAAAAGAACAUGAAUUGUUUCAAACAUAUUUCGUGAAAGCUGCAUUAUUGAACGGACCGUGGAAUCAACGAGGAUCACCUGAAUGUAAAGAGCUACUUUCUCGAAUCGCUUCUGGGAGCAUAUCUUCUGAUGGAACCGAGUUACUACGAAUAAUCUUUGACUUCACUUCAUCAAAGUUCGACCCAAUUCGUGGGAAAUACAAGAGAAGCAUUUUGUACCAACAGAGGAUAUUUUUCUUGUUUCUCCAAACAUUUGAUUCAACUAUUGAAGAUCUAAACGAAGAGUCAAAGAUGAAACUCAUCUCAACGAUUUCACCGUUUCUUCAUUAUGCGCAAAACGUCCCCGACGCUGGGCAAGCUUUGGAAAAGUUGCAACCGCUUCUGAUCAAUGCUUUGGCUUCUCCAUUAUUGGCCACGCUAAAAGAUGACAGGGCGCAAUUCUUCGCAGCGUUGACUUUUUUACUCGCCAUCACAAAACUUGCUGAUAAAAGUCGAGCUGAGAUUGAAGUUCUUUUGGCUUUAUUUGGAAGGGAACUCGAACAAGAAGCAAAUAUGGCGACAAUUGUGAACAGCUUAAAUGGACUCGAAAUCCUUGCGAGUGAAGCAAACCCUGUCUACCUUCAAGCACAUAUUAACAAGGUAGUUACUGUUGUUAUUCGAUUCACAGCGCACAAGAAAAGGAUAGUCAGACAGAAAGCGGCUAAGGUUAUCAAUUUAUGGGAACUGUUGUUGAUGAAA